AGGAGGCGGGGCUCCCGGGGCGCGUGCGCGGCGGCCAGGGCUGCGGGCCCCUCCCUUGGCGGGGGCGCGCGGCGCGGAGGACUGCACGGAAAGGGGGAAGUCAGGUGGCCGCUGCCGCCGCCGCCGCCGCCGCCGCCGCGGUUUGUCGCCAGAAGGAAAAUGGCGGAUCUGGAGGAGCAGUUGUCUGAUGAGGAGAAGGUGCGUAUAGCAGCAAAAUUCAUUAUUCAUGCCCCUCCUGGAGAAUUUAAUGAGGUGUUUAAUGAUGUUCGGUUACUGCUUAAUAAUGAUAAUCUUCUCAGGGAAGGAGCAGCUCAUGCAUUUGCACAGUAUAACUUGGACCAGUUUACUCCAGUAAAAAUUGAAGGUUAUGAAGAUCAGGUAUUGAUAACAGAACAUGGCGACUUGGGAAACGGAAAGUUUUUGGAUCCCAAAAACAGAAUCUGUUUCAAAUUUGAUCACUUAAGAAAGGAAGCAACUGAUCCAAGGCCAUAUGAAGCAGAAAAUGCAGUUGAAUCAUGGAGAACUUCAGUAGAAACUGCUCUGCGAGCUUAUGUAAAAGAACAUUAUCCAAAUGGGGUCUGCACUGUAUAUGGUAAAAAAAUAGAUGGACAGCAAACCAUUAUUGCAUGCAUAGAAAGCCAUCAGUUCCAAGCAAAAAACUUUUGGAAUGGUCGUUGGAGGUCAGAGUGGAAGUUUACAAUCACCCCUUCAACCACUCAGGUGGUUGGCAUCUUGAAAAUUCAGGUUCAUUAUUAUGAAGAUGGUAAUGUCCAGUUAGUGAGUCAUAAAGAUAUACAAGAUUCCCUAACAGUGUCUAAUGAGGUGCAGACAGCAAAAGAAUUUAUAAAGAUUGUAGAAGCUGCAGAAAAUGAAUACCAGACCGCCAUCAGUGAGAAUUAUCAGACAAUGUCGGACACUACCUUCAAAGCCUUACGUCGACAGUUGCCAGUUACACGCACCAAGAUUGAUUGGAACAAGAUCCUUAGCUACAAGAUUGGCAAAGAGAUGCAGAAUGCAUAAGAUGAACAUUGCAUGACCGGAUCAUUUUAAUGUCUUUGCGUUAAAAAAAAAAAAUCAUUGCAAAAGUAUUCAGAACUGUCAAGCUACCCAGUCAGAUGGGCUGUUGCCAUUUAAAAUCACUGUAAUUAAUUAGUUUGGUUAGAGCACAAAGCUUAGCUAAUCAACCAUUAUUUUUCAUUUCUUUUGUUCAAAGAAGAUUGAAAAUCAGUUUAGUUUAAAUGUCUUUUACUUUCUGUUAUACCUUUCUUAUAAUUAAGAGGUGAUGCCUCUAGUUUAAUGUUAAAAGUUUUUGAAGUGUUUCAGAAAUAUUUUACUUAUCGUAACCCUUAAAUUGUUGUCUUUUGGUUUAUGAAGUGGGUAACUUUUGAUAUUUGCCCAGUUCUUUUUAAUGGGGUCAAUAAUGGACAUUCUAGUUUAAGGUGGUUGAUGGAUUUAGCCAUAUAUGCUGCUAAAGAAAUUGUCUACCUUUUCCCCCUCGCCUCUUCCAGUUAUGUAAGAUUGAGAUUAGAGGGAAAGCAUUUUCUAUAUCAAUUGUGUUUGAACCUUUCAAGAAGGUUAUUUAGCUAGCUUAGUGUUUAACUAAACUUUUUUUAAACAAGGCCAAGGUCUAAUGCUGUUUUGAGAUUCUGAAAUUAAAUGAAAAUACUUAUUUCAGAAAUGCAUUAAUGCUUUUUUCUUGUGACGCAAAUUAGCUUGAACUCCAUAUGUCCCUGAGUUAUUUUUAUCAUAAGCCACAAAUGUAUUAUAACAAGGCAAAUUGUAAUAUAUAUAAUCCUGAACUCAUGACCAUGUCUCAGUUUAUUUCUUUUCUUAGAUUGAAAAGUACUGAAAUUCAGUGUGACAUUAAAAUGAAAAUUUUCCUAUU